UUUAAGUUCAGUCACCGUGUUCGUGUACCAAAAUCGUGUACAGUUUUGGUGUAACUCAUGAUCAGAAUUGUUUAAUUUUUCAAGUAAUAUCUUUAGAAUUCAUUAUUAAUUUAAUGGCAGUGGCUUUAAUACGAUAUAAUGACGACCUUACGUGAACGCCAACUUAAUGCAUUAAAGCAAAUGUUAAACUUAAACCAGCCUUUAACAAAGAGUGUAGCUGCAGAACCCGCAUGGAAAGUUCUAAUUUAUGAUAGAGUGGGCCAAGAUAUAAUAUCCCCACUUGUCUCAAUAAAGGAACUCAGGGAGCUGGGUGUUACCCUUCAUGUUCAACUUCAUUCAGAUCGUGACACAAUACCAGAAGUACCAGCCGUAUAUUUUUGUGCACCGUCAGAAGAAAAUCUGGGCCGGAUAUGUCAAGACUUAGAAAAUGGUAUCUAUGAUCAGUACCAUCUCAACUUUAUAUCACCGAUUACAAGGCAAAAGUUGGAGGAUUUGGCUGCUUCAGCCAUACAAUCCAACUCUGCUGUGAAUAUCCACAAAAUCUUUGACCAGUAUCUGAAUUUCAUUUGUUUGGAAGAUGACCUGUUCAUAAUGAAGCAUCAACAAUCAGAUCCAUUAUCAUACUAUGCCAUCAACAAAGGUGACACAAAAGAUACAGAAAUGGAAGCCAUCAUGGACCACAUAGUGGAGGGCCUGUUUUCAGUAUUUGUGACAUUGGGUAAUGUACCGAUAAUACGAAGUAGCAAAGGAAAUGCCGCGGAAAUGGUGGCAAAGAAACUUGACAAGAAGUUACGAGAGAAUUUGUGGGAUGCUAGAAAUAAUUUGUUUCAUGGCAACUCUGGUCCGGUGGGCGCGUUCAGUUUCACGCGCCCGAUGUUGAUCCUUCUUGACAGAAAUAUUGAUAUGGCAACACCACUGCAUCACACUUGGACUUACCAAGCACUCGCCCAUGAUGUUCUAGAUUUAUCUCUGAAUAGAGCAAUAGUCCCCGAGAAUAUUGGGCCAGCAGUUCCAGGUAUGAAGCCCAAGACCCGAGUGUGUGACCUAGAUUCCAAGGACCCACUGUGGCAGGAACACAAGGGCAGUCCCUUCCCCACAGUUGCCGAGGCCAUACAGGAAGAUUUAGACAAAUAUAGGAGCUCAGAAGCGGAGGUGAAAAAGUUAAAGAGUUCAAUGGGUCUGGACGCCGAUAGUGAUUUGGCUCUCAGUAUGGUGAGCGACAACACCCAGCGACUGACCAGCGCCGUCAACUCCCUGCCUCAACUCAUGGAGAAAAAACGACUCAUUGAUAUGCACACUACCGUUGCUACAGCAAUCCUCAACGCAAUCAAAUCAAGAAGGUUAGAUUCCUUCUUCGAACUGGAGGAAAAAAUUAUGAGCAAAAGCAGUGGUGUGGAAAGCAAAGCAGUUCUGGAUCUUAUCGCGGAUCCUAAUGCUGGAACUCCGGAGGAUAAAAUGCGGCUGUUUAUCAUUUACUAUUUGUGCACGUCGCAGAUGCCCGAAGACGAAUACAAAAAGUUUGAAGCGGCGCUGUUGGCAGCCGAAUGUGAUGUUAAACCUAUGGCCUAUAUGCGCCGAUGGAAAGGUUUUUCGAAACUGUCCAGCCAAUACGAAGGUGGCGGUACUAAAACAGUGUCCAUGUUUUCCAAGCUAGUGUCUCAAGGCUCGUCUUUUGUAAUGGAAGGGGUCAAAAACUUAGUUGUAAAGAAACACAAACUGCCAGUGAGUCGCGCAGUGGAGGACGCCCUGUGCGUAACUAGCGCGGGCGGCGCGGAGGCGGGCGCGGAGCUGGGCUGGCUGGACCCGCGCGCGGCGCGCACGGACGCCGCCGCCAGGAGCCGCGCCGCCAGGCACCCCCCGCCCACCGACGCCGUGGUGUUCGUGGUGGGCGGAGGGAACUAUAUCGAGUAUCAUAACCUCAUCGACUUUGCAAAGCAACAAGCCGCAAGUGGAACUCCAAGGAAGAUUAUUUAUGGCGCCACGACCCUCCCCAACGCCACGCAAUUCCUCAAACAAUUAUCUCUUUUGGGAGAAGAGAUUCAGUAACAUUCCCGACUGUGUAACAUACUAUAUUUAUAAUCAAAUAUAUAUUAUCUGGGUUGUUGAUUAUCUAAUAAUGAAUGACACUUUUAUUUCAACAAGUUGGCAUUUUAUUUACAAUGACAUUGAAAUAUAGCUAACACCUAAUAAAUCAACUACUUAAUAAAUUUUGAUUGUUUUGAACAAGAAGUAUAAAAAUCUAAAUCACAAGAUUAGUAUUUAACAGUAAUCAGAUCUUAACCCAGGAGACAGUAUGCAAGUAUCUGCGAAAAUUUUCAGUUUACAUCUCGUACCAAUAUACAAUAGUGUAGUUUAAUUGUGUGUCCUGGCAAAUAAAAUUUAUAAGGUUUCACAACAUUGAUACACUGUUUAGAUGAUAAUAUAAAAGAAACUUGUCGAAUUUAUUUCCCAGCCCUUACACUAUUGUGCUUAAUUAUAACUAAAAUGUGUAUUUUAUACCCCAAUUGUCUUGGGAACAGCUUUGAUAGGCAACUUAGAACAGACUUAAAUUCUGUCACAAUGUGAGAAAAUUAUCAUUUUGGAAUGUUUCAAAGUAAACUUGCUUUUCUUCAAGCGUCCUAGUAUUAGAGCCUUUAAUUUAACUGCAAAGGGAUCAAAUUUAAAAAUUAAAAAAAUAGUCUACGUGUAAAAGACACAAAGACACUUGGCAAGAAAAUUGGUACAAUAGUAGAAUUUCUCGUUGCUAACCUUCCCAAGAUAAUCCAGGUAUACUUAAACAUAUUAAUAUUAAUAACCCUCGAAAAAUAGCAAAUAUGUGUGUUACAUUACACUUACACUAAACAAUAAACAAGUAAACAAAAUACAUAAGUAGAUUAUGUGUCAAGGAACUUGAAUAUCUUAUCUCUGUAUUAAAAAUUGUCAAUCAAUAAAACUGGCGCGUAAAACUGUCCUCGUGUACAAACAUUUAAUCUAUGCGGGAAAAAAGUGAAACAUAAACGCUAUCAGCAUACAAGAAGAAUACGCACCAGUUACAGAUAUUUGUGUAAAUAUGUCAAAGUUCAAGGUAAAAGAUAAUUCUAAAAUAAAAUCGUCAAACAAAAAAUAACCUUAUGAUACGAAUAUAAAUUUCAAUCACCGAUCAUGAUAUGGUUUUGGCACAGUAACAAAUUCAACUAUAAGGCCAACAAUAGAAGUUAUUUCAGUAUUGUAAAGAUCUGACUAUAGAGAUUUAAGUAACACAUAUAAAAUAAGAAUAUUAAAGCGUUUUCCUCA